AUAACAAGACUAAGCUAUCAUUGCGGAACCUCGCUUCCUAAAAUCCGUUGCCUAGCUUGCAGAUGUGCAUUUGAGACGUAGCAUAGCCACCUGCACCAUCACCUUCCGUACUGUACCACUGCAAAACAAGUGGAAGGGGAAUUAUACCCAGGGGUGAACCGAAGUAAUUUUGGCCGAUUUUAGGUGCCAAAAUGGCGAGGAGAGAGGAGUGUGUACCAAGGUGGUUGUGGCAUGCUUUUGAUGCACUUGAUAAUGACAAGAAUGGAUCUGCUCCAAAGACAGAAUUGAAGGUCCUGACAGCUCACAUAGGGAACUCACUAGGAGCUGAAAACAGCAAUGCCAUCGCAAAGCAACUCAUGGAGACGUUCCAGGACUCUCCCGCCAUCAGCUUCGACGACUACCGCCACUUCUUGAGGAACAAGGAGUUCCUGGUCCUGGAGGACAUGGACCUGGUCAAGUUGGAGGAGGUGUCUUGGAUGAUCUGUGGGAGUCGCUAUGAGAAGAGGACCAAGAAGGUCCUGGACCACACAGAGAUCUAUAAGAUGUGGAGGAUCUUUAACUUCUUUGCUGAACCAGGAGUGUUCCCAGCUAUUCUAGAUCCACAGGAAGCAAACAUCAUGUUCGAGAAACUUGUAGUUGCCAUGGGAACGAAGUGGAACUUGGAGGAGUUUCAGUCUAAGGUUGCGGUGCUUCAAGAUCUCAGGUUCACAAGCUGUCUGCAGUUCUUUGAGCAGCAUUACACAGGCCGAGUCGACAGUAUGUGCGUGAAGGAAGGCAUCUCUGAGGUGUAUAACAACAUGAUAGAGGAGGUGGAAAAAAUGGGUCAUCUGAAGAAGAAAGGACACAAAGUGACCAACUGGAAGGACCGAUGGUUUGUCCUCAAGCCAGGCAGCAUGGCUUACUUUGUGGAGAAGACUCUCAAGGAGCAGAAAGGUGAAAUUCCUAUAACGACCAAGUGGAGAGUCGAAGUACUUCCAGAUCAAAAGGGCAAUAAAAACUUACUUGUGGUGUAUUCAGAAGACACGUCUCAGGUCAAUACUAAGAAACGCUAUGAACUGAGCGCAUCAGACCCGAGGAACAGACAAGAAUGGGUCACUGCCAUAGAGAAUGUACUGAAGCGGAUGGAAUGUGGGGAAUCCCCUCAUGUUCAGGAACUGGAGAGGAGGAGGGAUGAGAGGAGAAGGAAACGGGAAGAAGCCGAGGAGAUAGACAGGUUACGACAACUUCAGGUGGAGGAGAAUGAGAGGCAGAGACAGAGACUUGCUGAGAUGGAGAGGUUGAGAGACGAAGCAGCCAGUAAAGCUGAAGAGGAGUGCGCCUUGAGGAUGGCAAAGGAGAGAGAGGAAGAGGAGAAUAGGAGGAGAGAGAUGGAGGAAAGAGCAAAGACACAGGCAGAGAUUGAUGCACUUAAAGCUGCUCGUGAUGAGGCCGCAAGGAAAGCAGAAGAGGAGCUCGCUAUGAGGAUGGAGAGAGAACUGGAAGAGGCCAAGAAUAGGGUCAGGGAGAUGGAGGAUAGAGCAAGAACACAGGAAGAAAUUGAUCAACUUACAAUAGCAAGGGAUGAAGCAGCGCGGAAGGCGGAAGAGGAGUUGGCUCUAAGGAUGGCGAAAGAAGAAGAAGAAAGGGAGAACAGGAGACGGGAGGAAGAGCAUAGAGAGAAGACCCAGCAGGAGAUCGAUGCUCUUAGAGCGGCUCGUGAAGAAGCAGAGAGGAGAGCAGAAGGAGGGGCAAGGAAGCUGAUAGAGAGACAGAGAGAAGAAGAGGAGAGGAGGAAAUUGGAGGAGGAAGAGAGAGAAAGACAAGCCAGAGAAUUAGAGGAACUGAAGAAGGCUUACGAGGAUGCAACAAAGAGAGCUGAGAUUGAGGAACGGUUGAAAGAGGAAGACAGGAAGAGGCUAGCAGAGCUGGAGGAAUCACUACAGCACCUAGAACUGGCCCUUGAGGAGGAGAGGCAAGCCAAAAAGGAUGAAGAGAUUGUGCGUGCUCUGCAGUCCAGAAUCCUUUGCGAGGAGACUGAAAAGAGGGAGCAGCUCGAGAAACUAAAGGAGGAGCAGGACGCCCUCCUGAGGCAGGAGCAGGAGAAGAGGGAGCACCUUGAGCAGCGUAGCGAGGAGCUCGUUCAGCAGAGGCUGGAGCAGGCCAGGCAGCUGGAGGUGGAGAGGGAGAGACUCAGGGAGCUGGAGGAGGAGCGCAAGGCUGCUGAUGAGAAACUCAAGGCUGCCAUGGAAAAGCUAACCCAUGCCGAGGAAGCUAAGAAACUGCAGGAGAGAAAGAGGCGAGAGCUGGAGAAACCAGUGGGCCUGGCUCGGCUGAUUCAGCCCCGAGCCAACCCUCUUCUUACCCACCGUGGUGUUGGAGCUUUCACCGCGGCUCAGUUUGAGAUAGAGAAAGAAAAGAGACAGCUCACCAAAGCGGACGAGGCAAGUACUAUGGUGCCAAAUGGAGAAGGAUCAUUGGGUAACCAUCACGGCUCAGAGGUCAACGGGGUCAUCGAAAAUGGAGUAGAAGGUGAAAGGUGAAAGGUCAUUUUAAUUGCUUUAUGUACAUAUAAGUUGAAGAAAUGGGCAGUGUUGAUGAAACCGUUAGAACGACAAAUUCACCAAUAUCCAAUUGAAGUGAUUGUUAACUACAAUAGAGGCGGUUUUGUGAAACACUGCCCUGUUUAACAUUCAGGUGUCAAUACAAUUAUUGCCAAAGUAUUGAUAUUGUUUCUACUAACAUUAAUAUCAUUUGAAUUUAGUAUAAAAAGCAUUUUCUAUGAACUCCAGUCCAAAUUAUCUUGGGGUUAGUAUUCAAUGAAUUCUAUAAAAAAAAGCUGAAGCUUCUGGUUGAAUUUUUAGAAAGAUCCAUGAAUUUUGGAAAUGUAAACCAUAUGAUAUAGUGCUGAUGUUAAGAAGUUAAUGAAACACAAAUCAAAUUUAGAAACUUGCCAACUCGUCAAAUAACAUCAUAAAUAUGAUAAACUUGAUAACACAUUCUUUAUAAAAAAUUUGCUGUGCUUUAUAGGUGUAUCCAAUUGAAUGACACAUAAAAGUUCUAACAUAAAAUAAACGUCUAUUUUUCACUUAACAAUAGUCUGUAUAUUUAUAUUAAAUGCCUUCAAUAAUGCAAUUGGAUGAACUAUUCAAAUUAUGUUCAAAUGCCUGCUUAAAAUGCAUAGUGAAUGAAUGUUUAUGUCCAAACAUACAAUCUUGCACAGAAUAACCCAAAGUUUAUACACCAAUGAAUAUGCACUAUCUGAUUUUGUACUUCUACUCAACAUAAUACAUUUAAUAUAUUUUUUUUUAUUGUAAAAAGUGAAGUAAAAAAAAAAAAAUUCAUAUCAUGUGUAUAAUCCUGAUUUUUGAUAUUUAUACUAUAAUAUGUAAAUCAUUCAUCAUUGAAAGUAUAUUAUUUGCGUGAUUGUUUCACAAAUGAAUUUUUACUGCAACUAAUUGACUCUUCCAGUAUAUAUAUUUAGCAAACACUGAAUUGCUCCAAAGUGGAGGAAACAGCCUUCUUGUAUUCGUGUGCGCACUCAUCCUAUAAAGGCAUAUUUUCUCCUAUUGUCAGUAUACAAGUGCUCACAAUUGUACAGCCAUGAUAUGCCUUUACUGCCCAUUAUGUGGGCUUUCAAGUUUGUCAGUUUGGUCACUUAUUAAUGGAGGUAAUUUUUCUUUAAUUUUAUUUGCUGUUUUAUUACUUCACUUUGGGCAGUACAGUUAUAGUUUGACUAAACAUUUGCUGUGUCUGAACUUUGUUCAUAAUUUGACUGUAAGAGAGCUUGAAGGUUGCUUUUUUAUCAAAUGAUUUUAUCAAAUGAUUGUACCAAUUAAUCUGGGCAUUUUAUAAAUAAAUGUAAUGUCUAUAAACAGGAGAAAACUUGACUGAUGAUAGACAUUGCCACUCAGAAAUGUUGUUGAUAAAAAACAAAUUACACAUUUUUUAUUUGUGUGUUUGUUUGCUUGUAUAUUGUGGGUGUGUUUUGUGUUGUAUCCCUACAUUCUUUUCUUCAACUGUCUUAUAUUUCUCAACAUGGAACACUGUAAAGAUACUGUACAAAUCUGCAUUUUCUAUAU